UGUGUGGGUUCCUGAUUCUCUGUGGGUUCUUUCCUGCAGAGGACAAUUCUCUUCCUGUCCCAGCCUAAGCUUGGGGGGCUGAGCCCAGAGCUCCAGUGAUUUGUGCCCCAGCCUCAUGUGUGGAAUGCGCCUGCCACCCCCAGGCUAGACAAGGGGGCUAAGGGUCAGGGUGGGCAUUUGUUGCGCCCCUUUUCGACCUUUGUAGGCCACAGUUGGGUGAGAGGCUGGACAAUGAGCCUCCUCUUCCUUGAAAGAAGGAAUUUUGGUGGAGACAAUAGGGCCCUGUCUAGUCUUGUAUGGGGGGCGGUGGCUGACUCAACUCUGCCCCCCCCAGGCCCUAACAAAUGUCAUCAAGAAACGGGGGGCAAUUUCCCUUUAGUGCCCUGGGCUGUCCACCCCCCCUUGGCCUUUUGUAAUGACUUGCCCUCCUUUCUUUCUUCAGCUGUUCUUGCCUCUUCUCCCAUGACCUGACCGUGCUUUUCUCUGCCAGUUCUCUCUCCCCGCCCCCCCCCCCCCAGUUCUCCCCAAGUCUGUGUUGGGUUGAAGGAUGUGGCAAGGACCAGAGGUACUGGUGGUGGUACAGAGCCAGUACCCUCUGCUGAUUUGGGAAGUCCAGAAAUAACGUCUCAGAGGGUUGGAAAUUUACUUCUAGGGGGCCCUUUGCUGGGGUGGUGGUGAGGGUAGUGGGACUUGGACACCACUGAGCAGAUGAAGCAGGAACUCUGAAGGCUUGUGGGAUGGGGCAAGCAAGAAUGGGAGGAUUCUGUCUGGCCUGGCCCCUCCUCUCCUUCCCAGCCUGCCUAACCCGCCCACCAGUCUGAGCUGCUGCUGCUGAGGCUGGUCUGCUUCAAGUCUCCGGGAGAGUGGGAAAGACAGCCUGCAGAGUUUGGAGUGAAGGAGAACCAUGGGGUCCAGGAAUGAGCUGUACACUGUCUUCGGGGGACUGUCAUUCCUCUUGCUACUGAUGUCAGCCCAGGGGGCCAAGGGCGGAUCCCUCAAAGAGAGUCAGGGGGUCUGCUCCAAGCAGAUGCUGGUGGUCCCCCUCCACUACAACGAGUCCUACAGCCAGCCAGUGUAUAAGCCCUACCUGACUGUGUGCAAUGGAUGGCGCAUCUGCAGCACCUACAGGACCAUAUACCAAGUGGCAUGGAGGGAGGUGAGGAGAGAGGUGCAGCAGACCCAUGUUGUGUGCUGCCAGGGCUGGAAGAAGCGACAUCCGGGGGCGCUCACCUGUGACGAAGCCAUCUGCGCCAAGCCCUGUCUGAACCGAGGCAUCUGUGUCAGGCCAGAGCAGUGCGAGUGCGCCCCAGGCUGGGGUGGGAAGCACUGUCAUGUGGACGUGGAUGAAUGUAGGACUGGCGUCACCCUCUGCUCGCACCACUGUGUCAACACGGCAGGCAGCUUCACCUGUGGCUGUCCCCAAGGUCUGGUGCUGGGCCAGGACCGGCGCACCUGCGCAGAGGGUAUCCUGGAGCCGCCAACCGGUGCCAGCAUCCUCAGCGUGGCGGUUCGGGAAGCUGAACAUGACAAGCGUGACUUGAGGCAGGAGAUUUGGGAGCUGCGAGGGCGCCUGGAGCGGCUGGAGCAGUGGGCUGGUCAGGCGGGGAGCUGGGUCCGGGCUGUGCUGCCCAUGCCCCCUGAAGAGCUACAGCCGGAAAAGGUGGCAGAGCUGUGGGGCCGCAGCGACAGGAUAGAGUCUCUGAGUGACCAGGUGCUGCUGCUGGAGGAGAGGCUGGGCGCCUGUGAGUCCUCCUGCCCCUCUCUGCUUGAACCCCCAUUACCCAGUAGAUGCCCCCAGCUGUCCCAGAUACCUUUCUGUAGUUCAACUUUCUCUUUUUCCCAAGCCCUUCCCCAACACUUAAGUCUCCCCACACUGUCUCUAGAUAGCCAUACUUUAUCCUUUCUGGUACCCUGUCCCCAAAUGACUUAUGUUGGGUGAGAGUCUCUCCAGUGCCCUUGCAGCCCCAGAAGUCUGCAGCCAAUGUGUCUGCUUGCUUCCUUGUCAUUCAUCAGGCUCCUGUGAGGACAACAGCCUGGGUCCAGGCCUCAGACGGCCGAAAAGGAACCUCUCCAGAGCCCGGGUCCCCUAAUUUAUACAGAAACUGGCCCCACUAAUCAUCUGGGAUGGCCAGGUGGGGAAGUGCAGAUAAGGUUAUCUGCCACUAAGGAGCAGUGAGUGAUGGAAACUUCCAGAGCUAAGUGGGGGAUGAUGGAUGCCUUGGGCCCACCCGAGUCUUCUGGCUGGGGUAAGGUUGCUUGGGUAAGAACCACUUGAAUGCCUUCACAAAUGCAGCCAGAAAGUGCCCAGAUCACUCUCUCUCUCUCAGUCUUUAUUCUCGGUUUCUUGCUGUUAUCCAGAUAAUAAA